AUGGAAUCGACCAGCUCAUCAUCCCUGGGAAGUGUUCGUGUGAGACUGACUGUCCGGCUUGAAUUCCAGAGGGGUGACUACCACAUUGACGUCUGUAUCAAUGACUACCUGGAUGUUUUCUGCCCACACUAUGAGGACUCUGUCCCAGAAGAUAAGACUGAACGCUAUGUCCUCUACAUGGUGAACUUUGAUGGCUACAGUGCCUGCGACCACACUUCCAAAGGCUUCAAGAGAUGGGAGUGUAACCGGCCUCACUCUCCAAAUGGACCACUGAAGUUCUCGGAAAAAUUCCAGCUCUUCACUCCCUUCUCUCUCGGAUUUGAAUUCAGGCCAGGCCGAGAGUAUUUCUACAUCUCCUCUGCAAUCCCAGACAAUGGAAGGAGGUCCUGCCUAAAGCUCAAAGUCUUUGUGAGACCAACAAAUAGCUGUAUGAAAACUAUAGGUGUUCAUGAUCGUGUUUUCGAUGUUAACGACAAAGUAGAAAAUUCAUUAGAACCAGCAGAUGAUACCGUACAUGAGUCAGCCGAGCCAUCCCGCGGUGAGAACGCGGCACAAACACCAAGGAUACCCAGCCGCCUUUUGGCAAUCCUACUGUUCCUCCUGGCGAUGCUUUUGACAUUAUAGCACAGCCUCCUCUCGUCACCUGUCACAGAAAACAUCAGGGUCUUGGAACACCAGAGAUCCACCCAACUGCUCAUCCCAAGAAGGGACUUGUUAUUGGUUUUUUGGCAGAUGUCAGAAUUUUUGUUUUCUUUCCUUCAGCCUGAUUUCUAAGCAGCAACCUGGGGUUGUUGCGGGGGGCUAAACUAGCCGCUGCCCUCCUUCACCCCACCCUAUCCCCAGCCCUGGUCCUUGACUUCUCUCACCCCUUCCAAAUUCAAUGGACUCCAGAUGAAAAUGCCAAAUUGUCAUAGCGACACCAGUGGGUCUUCACCCCCUGUGCGUUCUCUAGAACUCACCUCUGUAAGCUCGGGGUGUCGACAGUAUGCAGACAAGGAAGAGUCGUGGUAGAUGGUGCCAGCAAUGGCCAGCCUGAGAGGGUGCCCCUCUCCUGCAGUACUUAUGCCUUCUCGUUCAGGACAGUAUGGUGGUUGUGUGGCACAUUAUGGUGGCAUUCGAGGUCCAGAGGGGCAAAGGAAUUCAGAAAAGACAUACUAGUCCAGCAUAUCCUCUAGGAGUGUAGAAGCAAGCAGGCUUCUCAAAGGCCCAGAUACAAGUUUUUGUUUUAUCAGCUAUGACUGUCUUAAGGCGUUCUUGCCGGCAAAACUCAAGCUGUGUCGAAGAAGCUUUUUCUCCCAGAAGGAGGGUUGGAUGCAGGGAUGGCAAUACAGAAGAUAUGUAUACUGAGAAAACUCAGUUGCUAGGGGUGUGAGUGCCUCAUCGUUUUAGUGAUCAGGCUGUGCACACCUGAUGAUUUUUUUUCCUUUGAAUACAGAUCACCAUGGUGCUACAACUUUUCUUUUUCUUUUUAGGAGUUCAAAGAGGCAUUUUUAUGAAUAAAGUGACCUUCCCCGAGGCUGACAAGCCAGGGUUGAUGAGUAGAGAGUGGAAUAGCUUUGACUGCCCCUCUGGGGACAAUAUGUACAAGGAAAGGAAGUCUGUGGCCAGAGGAGAUGCGAUUUGGCUUUGCUGGAGCUCCAGUGUGCUGUGGCCUUUCCCCAACUCCCACCCCGAUGCCCACAUUCUGCCCCCAUGAUCACAGGGGACUCAGACACAAACCCCUGUCACCAGGAGAGUCAGUCAGCACUACUUUGGAGGGCUAAAGGGAAAUUUGGAAUAAAAAUUCCAAAGUUUGGAAUAAAAAUUCAAGCGUUGAUUUUUAUAUUCUUUCCCUUUCUGACACAGCCUAAAGCGUAGGGGGAACAUGUGUUUAUCUGUGGGAGAUAAACAAGAUGGAGUCCCAAAGACUUUGACAAAAUAUUUUUUUAAAAAUCCACUAGAAUAGAAAAUACAUUAUUUAGAUAUACUUUAUGCUGAGAGUGAGUAUAUAUGCUUGUCCUAUUUAAACUUGUGAGAAAAAAGUGGUAUCCCUCAAUACAUUUAGAAACAUGGGGGUUAUCUUGUUUCACAGUAGGGUUGGGGCAGAAGGAGAAUGAACAAAGGAUGACCCUGUUUAACUGAACCUUAGCAUGGCCAAGGGGUGGUCCCAGCUGAUUACGGAAACACAGGCUGUGGGGUUUCUCCUGGUGGUGUAUCUUGAAUUUGAAAUCCCAAAGCCUAGGCAGGGGAAAUUGUCCGCCCAAUGGAAAGGUGAUCUAGCCCUGUUUUGCUAUUGCACGACAUCGGUAGAAGUCACGCCUUUGCAAACAAGCAAGUCAGUAAAUGCAAUGAUCACAAAAUAUGGGAAAUUGAAAGCAUUCCAGAAAAAAAGAAUGUUUUUAUAUAUUCGUUUUUAUGAUGUAUGUGUAAAAAAAAAAAAGAGGAGUUCAUGUGGUAGAUGGACUUCAUGAAUGGGAAAUUGCUUAGAAUUGUGAGUAGUUUCAAAUUAGAAACAUAUGUGAGUGGGAGGCAGCUGUGACCGUCCUGCACCCUAGAGAGUUGUACACACAUUUGGAAUGUGAGCUGGGCUUACCUGGUCCCUUUGGAGUGGAGACGACUGGAGUCUGCUCUCGCUUGAACCACGUGAGUGGGGUUGCCAGCCUCAAAGAUAUCGUCAGUCCUCCUCAUCCCACAUCAGAGGCUAAUCUGGAGUAGCAGAGUUUCAUUUCAGAGGCACCCACCGUUUCACUGAAACCAAACUUCAAAGCAUUGAAUUCCUUUACCUUUAUUUAUAUGCUCAACACUCUCAGUAAUAUCCAGAUAUACGCUUUUUAUUAAUAGUUACAGGUUUGUGGGUUAGUGGGAUUUCAGUAAGGGAACAAAAAAAAUCCCUUCUAAGAUGGAUCCAUAGAACCAAAAUAAUACUGCAUGUACUACAGUCAAGGAAAUCAAGUGAUCCUGUAAUAAUUCCAGUUAGUCCUAACGACAUUAGCAGUUCUAAUGUCAUCUUAGAAAUGGUGAAUUCUGUGGUUCUUCUAGCAUUUGUCUCUAACAAAUGGCGAAAUAAUUACUCAUGGCCCUCUCUGCCAUUGUCUUUCAUUUUCACUGUGCAAUUAGACCCUUUUGCUUCACUGUCAUGCCACCGCAGAUUAAGUUUAAAAAAAAAAAAAACAAAAAACAACAAAAAAAAAUACAACAGAACUAUCCACACCAGUAGACAAUUGCUUCUCUACCUGUAAGUGACAUAAUUGUAGCUAAUGCACUUGUGUGGAGUUUUCAAGACGAUUGGUGUCAGGCAGUUUUUAUCUUGUCCAAAAUGUGCUGGUGGCCUUUUGUGGUGUUUGCUACAACCCUCUGUGGGCUUAGGAUGUCGGGUGCAUCUUAGUGGUGGGUUUAAUUUAAAAGAAAAAAAACAAUUCAAAAGCAUGAAGGGAAGCCCUGGAGUCCCCAUCAGCCCCAUUUGGUCAAACCCCAGCGACCUUUGCCCCUGGUUGCCAAGGGCUUUGCAACAUGACGCAGGGAAUAAAGAUCUGUCUGUUUAGUGGAUACUGUGUAUCCUUUAAUAGACCAGGUAACAGUCCGUGUUAGUUUUAGACUAUUGUUUUGUACUGUACUUUCUUGGGUGGCAGAGGAAAGAAAAGUUAAAAUGUUAAAAAAAAAAAAACAAAAAAAUAACGCGUUCUUUAAUUCUGUAUUAUUAGCAACCUCUGUUGUAUAUAGUGUUUGAUAAUAAAGUAUUAAUUUGAUUCUUAUGUCUUUUGUAAGUGAGAACAAUAGACUUUCAGGAUACAAAACUUGCAUUGAGGCUUUGAAACAUCCAGUGUAUACAUGGCUGAGAAGUCACACGUGACUGGAACACUGCUCCAUACUGGACAUUGUCCACUCAGUCUUACAGCUCCAUCGUCUUGGGACCAGAAACAACAGCACUGCUCUGAUUCAUCCUUUGUCCUCAGUGUUUCCAAGGUCUGAUGUCAGGGCUCUGUGGUCCUGUCCCCCACCACAAGCAUAUGGUUUGAAAAGGCUUAGAGGACUCUGGUUCUGUACUUUGGUUUGGUUUUCUGUUUGUCAUUUCCCCCCAGGAAGUCUUGUCACUACCAAGUGCGGCUCAGACUCAGGAUGGUUGCAGACCAGUCCCUAGAGGAAGGCUCAGUGGGGCUGUUCCCUCUGUGUCCUUGUGAAAGGAAAAGCCACAGUACCUGUGGGCUUUCAGGGACUCUGUUUUUCUCCUGUGCCUUAGCAACGGCUGCAGCCAUUUUUAUUAGUUUCACAAAAUUAGGAAAAGUUUUAAACUCCUUCCCAUUCAUUGUUCUCAGAGUUGUGGUCACCAGCUUUUUCUUUGAAAACCACCUCCACCAACACCCCGUUUGCCUGCCCCCCCUCUUGCCUUCCUCCCACGUUCUGUUUUCCCCCCAGAGCCGUGAAUGGGCAGGUCUGUCUCUGGUUUGGCAUCACUGAGUUUUUCCCAUGCAUUGGCCCAGAGUUGCUCGGAUGUGAGACAAAUCUCCCUCCAAUGGACUCACUCCCAUUGUGUGUACAGUUUAAUAGAUGCUGGCAUGUUGGAGGUUACCCAUGAGUCAAAAUCCGUUUUCCAUGCUUACCCCUUGACACCCCAUUGAAGCCACUCAUUGUGUGUGCGUCUGGGUGUGAAGUCCAGCUCCAUGUGGCCCUGUGCUUGUAACCCUGCUUUGCAGUCCCGAGCACUUGCUCAUCGAGUGCUGUUUUGAAAUGCUUACAUUAUAUCAACGUAAAAGAAAAUGUAAAAAAAAAAAAAAACACACACACGCAAAUCCAUACAAUCUGUAUUUGUAUAUACACGUGUCCGAACAAG